GGACAGCUGUGUACCACCAGAUAACGCUGGCCGGCCCCAUGCAGGAGUGCCACUGAACCUUAACACUACAAUGGCAGAAAUCGUGUCAUGGGCUCUCCGAACUUUACUGAUUUUUCUCGGGGCCCACGUGACGCAUCAGUCUCUCUUCCAGCGCACCAUUGUGUUCAUCCGCGUCAACACAAACAUCGGGGAAACUGUGUUCAUGCGAGGAGGAAGGGGCAACUGCUCUGCCGACGCAUGUCACAUACCCAUCAAACAUCGGAUUGUACCAAAGCGCGCAGAUGCUGGGGCCGACUACUCGUGGUCGUUAGGAGACCGGUACCUCGACUGGAAUGGAUUUGAGACAGGCCAGCACUCUUUCCACGGCCACAAGCCCCAGGGAACGCCAAUGAUAUGGACCACGAAUAAACACGUUCAGGGCGGACCUAGUGUAGACAAUGACGGCUUCGGUUACACUUCGACUAACAAGCUGGGGAGCAACUUCUGGAUGGUGGACAUCGACAUCGAUUGUUCGCAAACAUACAACGGCUGGUUUGAGUUUAAGACCUACAUAGUCGCAGGCGACAGAGGAUCAUGGGAACCGGACGUAGAUCAAACCGAGGUUUGCGGAGGUGACGUCAAUGGGAGAAGACCAUACCGUUCGAUAAAUCACAUAGCGUUGUGCGGAAAAAUGAAUAUAUUUUACUUCAUGAACUAUGGUUGCACCAUCACCAAUAUAAAUGACAGGCCACAGUCUGUAAAUACAGAUACAUGUGGUCACAGACCUCGCUCACGCCGUAUUGUUGGAGGCCAUGCUGCCGACCUCGGGACUUGGCCGUGGAUGGCGGAGGUCAUGUACCAAGGCAACCAUGGGUGUGGCGCUGUUCUAAUCUCCCCCACAUGGGCUGUGACAGCAGGCCACUGCGUCCGAACAGCUAAAACCAGUGGACCGUGGGCGACUGUGGUACGAGUAGGGGAAACAAACCGGCACAAGAUCAGUGGAAAAGAAAAAGAUUACUUUGUCAAACACAUAAUCAAGCACCCUCUAUUCGACCAAACAAAGCCCAACCAUGACAUUGCUCUUUUGGAACUCCUGACCCCAGUGUACGCAGAACAUGAUGACGUCACAGCGGCAUGUUUACCAGCCGGAUAUCUCUUGGAUGGAUUCGUAAACAAGGAAUGUUGGGCGAUCGGAUGGGGAAGUACCAACGGUGUUGGAGACCGCAUGAGACUACAAGAGGUCAGGGUUAACGUGGCAACUAACUCAGCUUGUCAUGGUUACUAUGGGAACAACGUGACGACCCGCGACCUCUGUGCCGGACUUGGUGCAAACUCUGCCUGUGGGGGCGAUUCCGGAAGUCCCCUCUCCUGUCAGGUCAAAGGUCGAUGGGUUGUUGCAGGCAUCGUUUCCUGGGGAGAUGAUGGUUGCCAAGGACGCCCGACUGUUUUCACGCGUAUAUCAGCCUAUCUCCACUGGGUAAAAUCAGUAACAGGAAUUGAUAUCUCGCAAAAUACCAUAAUUGGAUAAUAAACAGUCACCCAGGUGGCACUCAACCCACGAACCAAGAAUGUACUGGAAUCUCUUCUCAAAAAGUGUUUCUAUAAAGUCAUUCCCUGAAUUUUA